AUGUCUGCCGCGAAAGUUAAGGCCCAGAACAUAAUUGAUGAGAAUGGCGUUGUCGUCUUCUCCAAGUCCUACUGCCCCUACUGCAAGGCCAGCAAGAGUCUCCUCUCUGAACUAGGCGCAAAGUACUACACGCUUGAGCUCGACCAAACUGAUGACGGAAGUGACAUCCAAGACGCCCUUCAAGAAAUCAGCGGCCAGCGCACCGUGCCCAACGUCUACAUCGCGAAGAAGCACAUUGGUGGAAACUCGGAUCUGCAGGGCCUCAAGGGCCAGCUGCCCGCGCUCCUGAAGGAUGCCGGCGCUUUGUAA